AUGAUUGCUAGUUGUACACAAAAUGGGAAAGAUGUUGAGGCUUUAGAACUGUUUGGAGAGAUGCAGGUUGCAGGGGUGAAACCUAACUCUGUAACAAUUCCGUGUAUAUUACCAGCUUGUGCAAAUAUCGCGGUCUUGAUGCGUGGUAAGGCAGCACAUUGCUUUUCUCUUAGAAGGGAUAUUUUCUAUGAUGUUUAUGUGGGAACUGCUUUGAUUGAUAUGUACGCAAAGUGUGGAAAACUCGGAGAUGCCCGAAUUUGUUUUGAUAGAAUGACAACUAGAAAUCUUGUAUCUUGGAACGCAAUGAUGGGUGGAUAUGCAAUGCAUGGGAAGGGUAAGGAAGCAAUUGAGAUAUUUGAAUUGAUGAAGAAGGACGGCCAAACGCCCAACUUUAUCAGCUUUACAUGUAUUUUAUCAGCUUGUAGCCAAAGUGGGUUCGCAGAAGAAGGGUGGAAUUACUUUAAGAGUAUGUCGAUUGAUUAUGGCAUUGAUGCUAGAAUAGAGCAUUAUGCAUGCAUGAUAACACUCCUGGGUCGGUCAGGAAGAAUAGAAGAGGCAUAUAGUGUGGUGAAGACAAUACCAUUUGAACCCGAUGCUUGUAUUUGGGGAGCUUUGCUCAGCUUUUGUAAAGUUCAUGGUAAUGUGAGAUUGGGAGAAAUUGCAGCGAAUAAACUCUUCAAGUUGGAGCCUGAUAAUCCUGGAAACUAUGUUCUUCUAUCCAAUAUUUAUGCGACAAAGGGUCUUUGGAAAGAAGUAAAUCGAGUCAGAGACGCAAUGAAAAGAUUGGGUUUAAGGAAGAAUCCGGGCUAUAGUUGGAUUGAAUUGAAGGACAAGGUUCACACGCUCUUAGCAGGGGAUAGAACACAUCCGCAAUCGGUCCAAAUACUUGAGCGACUAGAUAAAUUAAAAAUGGAGAUGGUCAAGUCAGGAUACCUUCCAGACACUUCUUUGGUUUUGAAAGAUGUGGAAGAACAGGACAAGGAAAAUUUCCUGUGUGGCCACAGUGAGAAGUUAGCAGUAGGGUUAGGACUUCUUAAUACUCCUCCGGGUACCACUCUCCGAGUUAUUAAGAACCUUCGCAUCUGUGGCGAUUGCCAUGUUAUCAUAAAGUUUUUAUCCAACUUUGAAAGAAGAGAGAUAUUUGUUAGAGAUACCAACCGAUUUCAUCAUUUCAAAAAUGGGGUUUGCUCAUGUGGGGAUCUCUGGUGA